AUGGCUCUGAACUCGAGUUGGAAAGAUUCGUUGCUUACUGCUGAGGUGUUCUCCCGGAAGUCCCAGUAUGUGCUCGAAGAGAUCAACAAGACAAUGGUUCAGCUAACCAAUCCAGCUUGGCUUCCUAUACAAAUUUCGGUCUCCUUUCUGGUGACUGUAGUGUUUCCCACGUUUUAUUUUUUUUUAAGGAAAUCGCGCAAGAGAGCAGAAAGUGCUGUAAAGAUUGAGGUUAUUGCUCCAGAAGAGGCCAAACCGCACUGGAAAGGUAAGAGGCUGAACCCUGUCUCCAUCAGGAACCCGGAUGAGCCAGCUUUUAUCCAGUCUUACUGUCCAGCCACUGGCCAAUAUUUGGGUAAAUUCAAGUCUUCAACUACUGAGGAUAUAGACACGGCCAUUGCAUUGGCAGCUGAAGCCCAACAGAAGUUCGCGUUAACUUCGUUCAAGGAGCGCCGGAAGGUCUUGAGGACUUUAAACCAGUUUAUAUGUGAUAACCAAGAGAUAAUUGCUCGUGUGGCAUGUCGGGAUUCUGGCAAGACCAUGGUUGAUGCUUCGAUGGGAGAAAUUCUGGUUACUCUGGAGAAGAUCAACUGGAUCCUCAAGAACGGCGAGAAGUCAUUGAAGACAUCCACGAGACCUGGUCCUUCCAAUCUACUCAUGAGCUACAAAAGGGCUGAAGUCAGAUACGAGCCUCUGGGUGUGGUUGCUGCUUUGGUGAGUUGGAACUACCCCUUCCACAAUCUCAUGGGCCCCGUCAUUGCCAGUAUCUUCACUGGAAAUGCGCUGCUCUUCUGGGAUGUGGACAUGAUCCUAAUAUUGUUCAGCUGGUGUGCUGCUGGCCAGAAGACGCUGAUCAUCUAA